CGUUUCUCCGCGUCAGCCAGCGCACACAAAACCUGCCUACACGUUUUGCUGCUGUUCGUUUGGUCUGCUGCGGCAUUGGCGAUGAUGAUGAGGAGGAGGACGAGGAUGUGGAGAGGACAUCAUGGCGGCAGACAGGGCCGCCAGCGUGCGGGUGCCGCCGCAUGCGCCUCGGUCUGUGUGGUGGCGACGACGGUUGUGGUGUUGGCGUGCUGUAUCGUGGAGCUGGCGCCGGUCGAGGCGAUUCCGUGCGAGGCGCUGUUCCCGUCCAUGUAUUGUUGUGUGACACCGGAACAAAACCCAGUCACCUUCCAGCCUGUGGGCUGUCGGCGGAACAACACUGUCUUGGUAGACUGCUUUGCACGGCAAGGGGUCGAGUGCGACGGAAUCAUGGGCACUUCAUCACCCACUCCCUCCAACAACUCCGUUGUCUGCGAUGACCGCUGGUACUCAAGAGACGACGUCGCCUUUCAACAGACUCGGGAGUGCUUCUUUGUGGACGAGGACAACAUCUAUGACCUGGACACGGCGCUUGCACUAUCCAUAUUCUUUGGCAUGUUUGGGCUGGAUCGCUUCUAUCUGGGAUACCCUGCUCUGGGCUUGGCCAAGAUGCUUACGCUGGGCGGCUUCUUCGUCGGUCAGCCACGGCGACGAUGA